AUGCGGUCGGCGGUGUUCUUUUGUGCGGCACUGGCGCUGGCCAUGCUUUGCCCGUCUCAAGCCACCAGCGCCCCAGAGGUGUGGCCGGGGGAGACCCUGGAGGAGCUGUGCGGCUCCAACUACACGGACUACGACACUGCCACCGAGUUCUACGGCCCCCUGCAGUACCUGGAGAUCCCUGAUGUGAUCGUGGCGUACUACCGCUUCGGCAAUGCCUCCUCAGAGCUGGUCCCUGUGGUCAUGGUCAUGGGGUUCUCCGGGACCAUGAAGGGCUGGCCCAUCAGCGUCCUUGCUGACCUGGCAGAGGACAGGGAAGUUAUCAUCUUCGACAACCGCGGGCAGGGCUUCUCCACGGACACCAGCCCCGACGUGCCCCUGAGCAUCCUCUCAAUGGCCAACGACACCAAGAACUUUGUUGAGGCCCUGGACCUGGCCAGGCCGCCCCACCUCUUCGGCUGGUCCAUGGGGGGCAUGAUCACCCUGGAGGCCGCCGCAGUGUACGGUGAUUCCUUCGACCGCUUCGCCGUCUUCUCUGGCAGCGCGGGAUCCCUCCGCUCCCAGCUGCCCUCCACCACAAUCCUGGCGGAGUUCCUUGCCGACACCCCUGUGAGUCAGGUGGAGAGGCUUGGCACCUUCUUCCCCCUGAACACCACAGCCGGCGUGGAGGCGGCCUGCAAGUACGCCAAGGAGAUGCAGUUCUCCCCUGACGACCCCGAGAACAAGCUGGCCAGCAAGAAGCAGCUGGCAGCCCUGACCGACUACUACUUUGAGGACACCACCAUCGACAUGCUGGCCGACACCGACCGGCACAUCCUGGUGGUGGGCGGGCUCUGGGAUGCGGUGGUCCCCGCCCAGAACCAAAAGCUGGUGGGGCAGGUGCUGCCCUCCGCAUGGAUGGCCAUCUUCGAGGACGGCGCCCACGCCACCUUCAUCCAGCACUGGGACACGGUCCGCGAGCUGCUCAAGGUCUUCCUGCACAGGGAGGAGUACGAGGAUGGAAAGCGGGGGCCCUACACGGGGCAGGGUACGCCCUCGUGA